AUGGCUUGGCCCGGGGACACGGGCGACGGAGGGGAGCGCAGCCCCCGUCUGCUGUUCUACAUCUCCAUCAGAGUGACCAACAGCAGCCAACAGCCCCCAACUAGCACAGAAACUCCAAAGAAACGCUCGAAAAAACGGAAAAACACAUCUGGGGAGGAGGGGAAGAACUCUGAGGAGAUGGCAGAGCACCACAAGACAAAGCACCCGAAGAAGAGAACAUCGGGUCCUCCCAGGGGGGUGAGGACAGGGCAGAGGAGGCAGAGGAAGAGAGUCAGCUUCGCUACAGACAAGAAGCCGCUACCCGCCUUCUUCCUCUUCAUGGAACAGCAUCGGCCAGAGCUUCAGCAAUCAAACCCACACUGGACAGCGGCGGAAACCGCCAAGCGCUUGGGGGAACUAUGGCACCACCAGCCCGAACAAGACAAAGAGAUGUACAAAGAGCAGGCUGCAGGGCUGAGGAGGAGAAACCGAGAGAGAAGCACAGGUCAGGGCACGAGCCAGGGGCAGCCGGGAACGGAGCUCACAGCAGAAAGAAAUCCAAGCAUCAAGGAGGAAAUGAAGACUCUGAUGGUCUGCUUUGCUGAUAAGACCGGGAGCCUCUGCAAUUUCAUCUUGUCACUUCUGCAACUGUAG